CCUUUCGAUUCCGUCCCAUAAAUGGUUUUAUUGUACCUGCCCCUCUCUAUAUGUCCCCUUCACUUUCCCCUUUUUCCUGUUCAUCAUUUUCUCUCUCUCUCUCACACACACACUCACUAAAUUUCACUGUCUGUAUUCUUCACUACAAUUGAACUCACUUUACUGAUGAAUCAGAAUUCGGCAUAUCGAAGUGGUUUUGCUUCUCUAGGAGUCUGGUUUGAUGAAUCAGAUGAAUAUGAAAUCUUGGUACAUUGAUUAUUCUGUUCUGGGAUUUAAUGGCAGCAGGAGUUAUGUCUAUAUUACCGCUUACUUAGAUUGACCACAGCGAAACCCGUGAUGAUCAUGCUUCUAUCUCUGGUGUCUUGUGUUUUGAUGAGAAGAGGGUGUUAAAGGGCAUGGAAAGGAAAGGUGUUUUGUACAAUAUAGAUUCCAGUAUUGCGCCUAAAAGGGAAAAUGAAAUUAACCAAGAAUGCCAGGUGCUUGAUCUAAAGCGAAGUCACUUUGAAGCUGGGAAAAUUCAAGUGCAAAAUGAUCUCUCCACACCAUGUGAAGAUUAUCUUUUAGAUAUUGAGUUUGCUGAAAGCAUCACAAAUUUGGAUUAUGGUUCAAGUAGAGGAUUGCUGGACCCUAUUUUAGAAAGUCAGAUCCCACUAUCUAGUUGUGAUGAUGGAAGUGACACCUGUGGAAUGCCAUACUCUUCAGGAUUAGCUGUGCACGAAGCUCAAAGCCAUAAUGCUAUGUUUGGCCUUACCAAUUCAGAGUUGCAUGACCUGUCUCGUGACAAAUGUGAAAAUCAGAUUCUAGUGGAGUAUAACGCUGUCAAAUUCCCUUCUGUGUUCGCUCCAGAAGAUAUUAGCAAUGUGGAUGACGUGGCAGGCUUCUUUGCUGAAGCUAAUGACAACUUGAUUGACCAUUCUGCACAAACAUCUGACGGAAUGUCUUUUAUAUCCAAUGCUAUGCGAAAUGGGGGGCAAGAUUUUGAUAAAUCCGCAAUAAGCCCUCCAGUCACUUCUCAAGUAAUGAACAUUGACACUCCUGUCACUCAAAAGCGACUGCGCAAGCCUACACGAAGGUAUAUUGAUGAAUCCUCAGAUCUUAAUGCUAGACGUUCUAGGAAAAAAGCAGAGGUUUCUACUUGUGCAUCAGAAUCAAAGAAUAAGCUUCUCAAAAUCAAAUGUCAGAAGAAAUCUCGUGCAGAAUCUAUGGAAAUGGAAUUGUUUCCGGAAGAGUCUUCUUGUAAAGCUAUUCAAGUGCCUUUUGCUUCUCUUAUGAACGAAGAGUGUGAUAAGAGGCCAACAUCUAAUGCAAUACAGGUUGUUCCGAAACCUCUUAAGGAGGAACCAUAUAAGGAGGCUAUAGUUGUGAAGCCUAAAGAUGUUGCUAUUGCACCGAAGAAUUUGGAUCAAGAUGGUGCACGGAGAAAACAUCACAGGCUCUGGACUGUUUCAGAGGUCAGAAAGUUGAUUGAUGGAGUUGCCCAAUAUGGAGUGGGAAGAUGGAGUCAUAUAAAGAAGCUUUAUUUCUCAUCAUCUGUUCAUAGAACACCUGUGGAUCUCAAGGAUAAAUGGAGAAAUCUUCUUAAAGCAAGUUAUCUACAGAAACAAAGCAAAAUAACGGAAAAGGGUAAACACAACCUGUCUUGGCGACCUUUGCCCAAGUCUGUCCUGCAUCGAGUCAGUGAACUGGCCAACAUGCAUCCGUAUCCAAGAAACCGGAGGUGCAAGGGUUCUCGUUCUCCCUGUGCUUCAUCUUCUCCCGAGCAUACUAACAGGACUAACAUCCAGUGAUGACCCAAACUGUCCAUCCAAAGACGUUGAGCUUUCUUUUAGCCAACUCCUAUGCAUAGUUACAGGAGUAACAUUCAGUGGCGAGUUUACGUGCAAACUUGGUUGAGCUCUCUUACACCAACUUGCUGCAUAGUUCGUGUAUAGGGCAGCUUCAUUUCAAGUCAAAAAUAGGUUUUCUGUAUAAUCCUCAUUACCUCUAGAAAUGCAUGUCACAUCUGUAAACCAUUUUGAAAUUUCAAUUGAUACAGGGGAUUUAGUUUGUGCUGCCG